AUGGCUAGUAAAGCAUUAGUAUUAGCAAUGUUGCUAAUAGGAUUGUUGGCUCCUGCUGAGCCAAAAAGGAUAUUAGACGAAGAUAUUCCAGAUGAUUUUAGUCGUUGUUACUUUCCACCUGGCUUCACUUUCGGUACAGCCACCUCUGCUUACCAGAAAUUCCCUCCCUUUAUCUUCAAUUUGGGCUCUGCCAUUGCAUGCAGGAAAGAUUUUCGAGACUACGCAGACCUUUGCUUCCAAAGAUUUGGUGACAGAGUGAGAUUUUGGAUCACUUUAAAUGAACCAUGGACUUUUAUCUCAUUUUCCUAUGAUAAGGGCCUUCACGCACCUGGCCGAUGCUCAUCUUGGGUGAAUCAUGCAUGCCGAGCCGGAAACUCCGCCACUGAACCUGACAUAGUUGCCCAUCACUUGGUCCUUUCUCAUGCAGAAGCUUUUCACCUAUAUAGAGAAAAAUAUCAGACACCUCAGGAUGGCAAGAUUAGAUUAGCACACGUUACUUUUUGGUAUGAACCCUUCUCUAACUGUAAAGAUGUUAAGGAAGCAGCUCUUGAUUUCAGUUAUGGAUUAUAAGUCUUUCUUCCAAAUUUGUUUUUGUAUCCUAUGACCUACGGUGAUUACCCAAGGAAGUUGAAAGACUUUGUUGGAGAUAGAUUGCAAAAAUUUACAUUAGCAGAAUCUAAUUUACUGAAAAAAUCAUAUAAUUUUCUUGGACUACAAUACUACACUGCAUAUUAUGCUAAAGCAAAUGCUGAUGUUCAUCCAAACUAUAUUAGAUACGGAACCGAUCAUCAAGUUAAUGUAACUAGUGAAAUGUCAAAAAAACUAUUUGGUCCACCGGCUCACUCACCUUGGUUUUAUAUUUACCCUAAAGGUAUUCGAUAUUUAUUAAAUUAUACUAAAGAUAAAUACGAUAAUCAAGUCAUUUACAUUACUGAGAAUGGGAUUGAUGAGCACAAUAACGAAACCCAUAGGCUGGAGGAAGCAGUGCAGGAUCCAUGGAGGACCCAAUUUUAUCAAACUCAUCUUUGGAAUGUGCUUGGAUCCAUUAGGGACUAUAAUGUCAAUGUGAAAGGUUAUUUUGCAUGCUCAUAUUUGGACAACUAUGAAUGGGAUAUUGGAUACACAUCAAGGUUUGGUCUGUUCUAUGUAGACUACAAAAAUAACUUGGCAAGACACCCAAAGCAAUCCGCAGAAUGGUUCCAGAAAUUCUUGAAAAAUGAAUUAUCUAUUGAUAAUAUUCCAUCAAGGCAAUGUCACAGCGGGUUCAUAGAAGCUGCUCAACAAAACUCCUUCAAUGGAUGCCAAUAA